GUCCUCUGAGGCGGCGGCCAGGGGAACACAGAGACAGUCAGGAGCCUAUCCUGGGCGUUCCUUGCCCGUGGCGGACGCACCGGACCGCGCCGGGGCCGGGCCUUUUUCUCUAGUCUGGACCACCCAGAUGGGGCUCUCCGGGCCCCGCCCCGUCUGGCCUAGACGGGCCUGCCCGAGUCCCUCAAAGUCUGCAGGCAGGCUAGCGGGCCGACCCCAGGCCUACGUCCUGCCGCCAGCCUGAAAAGGAUCCGGGGAUGGGCAAGCUCCACCCGGCUCACUCUGGAGUCAGCAUUGGGUCUCAACGAGGCCGGGUGACGCUCCAGAAUGGGAGACAAGCCAAUUUGGGAGCAGAUUGGAUCCAGCUUCAUUCAACAUUACUACCAGUUAUUUGAUAACGACAGAACCCAGCUAGGCGCAAUUUAUAUUGAUGCGUCAUGCCUUACGUGGGAAGGACAGCAAUUCCAGGGGAAAGCUGCCAUUGUGGAGAAAUUGUCUAGCCUUCCGUUCCAGAAAAUCCAGCACAGCAUCACAGCGCAGGACCAUCAGCCCACACCAGAUAGCUGUAUCAUCAGCAUGGUUGUGGGCCAGCUCAAGGCUGAUGAAGAUCCCAUCAUGGGGUUCCACCAGAUGUUCCUAUUAAAGAACAUCAACGAUGCCUGGGUUUGCACCAAUGACAUGUUCAGGCUUGCCCUGCACAACUUCGGCUGACCUCCUCCCAGCCAGGCACUCAUGCUGUUUCCUCCUCCCUCCUCUUCCUGAUACUAUUCACACUCCUCCAGAUGCUCCAAAUAUCAUACACAAAUGAGCAGGACCACGGUAGGAGUGGGCGCAGUGCGCUACUGCUACCGAGGUAUUGUGCAUGAUGUUUGGACGCUAGACUAGUUGCAUCUGACAGGAGAAGUUUGUGUUGUACCAGCGCAUGCCUUGGAAAGACUUAAGUAAUGCAAAAGGUUGUCUUUUUUUUUUUUUAAUCUACUGACAAGUUGCUCUAGUAACCCAAAGAAGUGAAGGAGAAAGCAGCUGCCUCACCGCCCAGAUAUUGAUUUGUUCAGAUGUUUCAAUGCCUCAUGAUACAAUAAAACCACGAAAAUUUUCGUAACAGUUUAAA